CUUUAAAUAUUUAAAGAAAUGAAAGAGAGUUUAAAUAACCACUAUUGGCUGGGUUAAAAGGGAAAGCUAUUGAUGUAUUUGUUUGCUUUUAAAAAAGAGCUCAACGAAAACAGAAAACUCAGAGUCCCACGUUGUUGCAUUUGAACAGUGAUCACACGUUAAAAACAAAAGAACAUUGAUUGUCUGCCUGGUAAGGUGUACAGAAAUAUGAUAGAGCGAGUACCUGUUAGUUAGCUGUUGACUGUUGAACGAUUUGGUGGUGUUUUAAAUAAAACGCGCUUUAAAAAUACAUUGAAACUAUAAACGUGAACAAAUUAAGUGGAUUUACUCAAAAAUAUACUAAAGCAAACAAAAAAGAUUUCUUGUUAUUACAUUCAAAAUAAAGAAACAACUUCCACAAUAAUAAAACAAAAUAAGAGAAUAUCUGAAACCUAUACAACCUUAAAGAAUUGUAUGUACUUACGACUAAAAGUAAAAAAUAAAACAAAGUAAAACUUAAUGUAGAUAAAGAGCCAUGUCUUCAAUUAUUAUAUAUAUUUUUUAAUUUAUAAACGAACAUUGAAGAGAGUGGUUUGGUUAUUUGUUUAAGGAAACAGAAAACCAACUAUAAUGGAUUGGUCUGAAGGCGAUUUGGUAUGGUUUGAUCCGGGUGUGGGUCAUCCUAUACCAGGCGAAAUACAAGAAGUACACCGAGCGGCCCAAGUUAUUGUUGUUCAAGCUGUUAUUAAAGGCAAGCCCCAAACAUUUGCUUUACAACCUGGCGAAGGAAACUUAAGGCCACGCCAAGAUCUGGGCAGCAGUGGAGUUGAUGACAUGACCAUGUUGGAUGACUUACAUGAGGCAUCGCUUUUGUGGAAUCUUCGCUUAAGAUAUGAUAAGGGACUCAUCUAUACAUUUGCUGGAAGCAUUUUAAUUGCGGUUAAUCCUUAUAAAAUGUUUCCUGAUUCGUAUGGCUUAGAGGUGGCCAAACAGUAUGCGGGAAAGCCAUUGGGCGCUAUGGCCCCACAUUUGUUUGCUAUUGGUGCAGCAGCCCAUGCGGCACUGCCUUCGCCACAAGUCGUGGUAAUAUCAGGAGAAUCGGGUUCUGGCAAAACCGAAUCAACAAAGCUGGUAAUGCAGUAUUUGGCAGCAGUAGUUCCGGGAGGGGGCUCUGCUUCAGCCGUAAUAACAGAACAGAUUUUGGAGGCUGCUCCUCUUCUGGAAGCCUUUGGUAAUGCCCGCACUGCUCGCAAUGAUAAUAGUUCUAGAUUUGGAAAAUAUCUGGAGGUGUACUUUAAAAAUGGGGCCAUUGUUGGCGCCAAAAUUACUCAAUAUCUCUUGGAAAAGUCAAGAAUUGUUACUCAAGCACCAGGAGAACGCAACUAUCACGUCUUCUAUGAAAUGUUAGGUGGUUUGUCGGAAGCUGAGCGCACUAAGUAUGGCCUUCUAGAGGCCGAUAAAUAUUUCUAUUUAAAUCAAGGAGCUACAGACUGUGCCCCUGGUCGUGUGGAUUGGGACUCACUUCAAAGUGCUAUGCAAGUGCUGGGUGUAUCUGAAGGUGAACGUGAAGGCAUUAUACGCGUGUUGGCCGCCGUUUUACAUUUGGGCAAUGUUUACUUCCAUCGAAGGCAAUUAAGACAUGGCCAAGAAGGUGUAGAGGUUGGUUCCGAUGCUGAAAUUAAAUGGGCAGCUCAUUUGUUGCAUAUAUCAGCUGAAGGUUUACACAGAGCCUUGACUAGCCGUAUAACCGAAGCUAGAUCGGAACGCCUUCACACUCCUUUGAGUAUAGACCAGGCCUUAGAUUCUAGAGAUGCCUUUGCCAAAGCCCUAUAUUCGGGUCUAUUCAACUGGUUGGUGUCACGCAUCAAUUCAAUCGUCCAAAAAGGUGGCACCCAUGAUGCUCAUAGAAUUUCCAUAUUGGAUAUAUUCGGUUUUGAAGAUUUGGCCGAGAACUCUUUUGAACAAUUAUGUAUUAAUUAUGCAAAUGAAAAUCUGCAACUGUAUUUCAACAAACAUGUAUUUAAACUCGAGCAAGCUGAAUAUUCUCGCGAGCGUCUGGAGUGGACUCCUUUAACAUGGGACGACAAUUUGCCAGUUAUUCAUUUGCUGGCUAAAAAACCAGUGGGUAUCUUCCAUUUGCUGGACGAUGAAUCCAAUUUCCCCCGUGCUUCUGAUAUGAGCUUUCUUGAGAAAUGUCACUAUAAUCAUGCUCUCAAUGAGUUGUAUUCACGUCCUAGAAUUGGGGCUCAAGAGUUUGGCAUCACCCAUUACGCCGGCCAAGUGUGGUACUGUGUGGAUGGUUUCUUAGAUAAAAAUCGCGAUGCUUUGCGAGGGGAUGUUUUGGAGCUUUUAGGAUCUAGUAAACUGCAAUUAGUUUCGGAUUUAACUAAGCAACUGAGGGCACAAAGAGAUUCCGGCAAAACAUUGCCCAAAGGAAACAAUGGUCGUUUUGUAACAAUGAAACCGCGAACUCCUACUGUAGCUGCAAGAUUUUCCGAUUCCCUGCAACAACUUCUGCAAUCAAUGGGGCGCUGUAAUCCAUGGUUUGUGCGUUGCAUUAAACCUAACAAUGAGAAACAAUCACUUAAAAUGGACAUGCCAUGUGUGCUGCAGCAAUUGCGAUAUUUGGGCAUGCUAGACACAAUACAAAUCCGCCAGAAGGGUUAUCCAGUUCGAUUACGUUUCCAACAUUUUGUUGAACGAUAUCGGCAUUUAAUGCGAUCUCCAUUACCGCGUGGCACACCCUAUAGGGAACUCUGUCGUAUACUAUUAGAAUCUAUGCCCAAUACAGGCAUUGAAGGGCCAGAUUAUCAAUUGGGUGCUACUAGAGUUUUUCUUAGAGAAGCUUUACAUCGUAUGUUGGAAAGUAGCCGUUCAGAUCGUUUGAAGACAUCAGCCGUAGUUAUACAAAAACAUGUUCGUGGCAUGUUGAUCCGUUGGCAGUUGGCGCGUAAAAAGAAGGCUGCUACGCGUAUUCAGACCAAAUGGCGUGGUUAUCGGGAGCAAAAGAAAUUCCGUGAUUUACGAAGAGGUGCUACGAAAGCUCAAGCAUUGUGGCGUGGUAAAAUGGGACGCAAAAGGGUGGUUAAACUUCGUGCCGAAUAUCAGCGACGUCUCGAAGCUCAAAGAGCUCAAAAAGAACGUGAAGCAAAGAAACAAGCAAAAGAAAAUUUGGAACGCAGUCAAAUAUCUUACUUAGACAUUCCAGCAGAACUUGCAUUUAUUUUCUCAAAAAGCGAAGGCUGGACUCCUAUUCACGGAGAUCGCCAUUUGAUUAAAGUGGUCGGCACUGUACCAGGGCCUCCAGUUGCUGCCGAUCUCCCUAAAGAUCUAGACCAGUUCUCAUUUGGUAAAUUCAGUUCGGUAUAUUGUAAUGGAUUGCGUUUGUCGUCACGAAGAGAACCUAUAACAACACCCUUCCUAACGAGGGCAGCUUCAAGAGACCAAGACUUCCAAGAUUCUUUGGCAGUCUUUAAAUUGAUACUACGCUGGACGAAUGACAAAACAAUGGAUGGAAAUAAGGAAAAGGUUCUAUCAGACUAUAUAGUCCAUAAAGGAUUGUCAUCGCGUGGCUUGAGAGAUGAAAUUUUGGUGCAGCUAUGUAAUCAAAUUUAUAACGCCGAUGAUUUGCAAGCGCAACGAAUUUGGCAAUUAAUGGCUCAAUGUUUAUCAUGCUUCCAACCUGGUCCAGCAUUCAGCAAAUAUCUAAUGAAAUUUAUUGUUGACAAUGCCCCCGAUUCUAUGAGGGAUAUGUUACUUAAGAAAAUUUUGCGAAAUGCCAAUUCGGCAAAUAACUGCCGAAACUUUACACCUUCAUGGGUCGAAUGGAGAGCUAUAUCCCGAAUGUCUGAUAUUGCUGUAGCAUUAACUUUGCCAGAUGAUGCUAAUCAAACUGUAGCAAUUGAUUCGUGGACAACAUGUGAAGAAGCAGCUUCUUUAGCUGUUUCAACCUUAGGUAUAUCAAAUCGCGGAUGGACUGUAGUCCUAGAUGAUGGAAAAUUAGUUACUGAUUCGUGUGGACUGGAUUAUGUGCUAGACCUAAUAUCAGAAAAAGAACUUUGUCCAGCUUUUCCUGCAUUGCGAAGUGAUUUGAUGACGACCGGCGCUAAAUUUAAUAGAACGAUAUUAUCAGAUAAUGAUGGAAGUACACCCAGAAGACCGCAAGUACCACCGCCAGAACCACCAAAAAUAAAGGUGAAUCCUACAAGUGAAUCCCCAAUAUCAGAUUCUAAUGAUGAACAGCCCAUACGAAAGAAUUCCCGAAAUUUACUAUCAAGAAGUUCUGCGUUAAACGAACGUUAUUUUGAACAGGAGAAGACCAGAUCAAAGUCACUCGAUGAUCUUUUGGCUGGUGAUAUAACAGAUUUAGAUCCGGCAACAGAAACCGAACCUCUGACUAACCUAGGGCUUUCAGAAAGUCGUCUGAAUGAGAGAUAUCAUUCAGCUGAACGUCUUACACCGAUGGGCAAAGAAACAGGCCCUCGUUAUCAAAAAUCGCAGUAUGCUGGAAGAAGAUCACACGCAGGUUCUCACUCCAGCAAGUAUAUGGAUAAAUCGGAGUAUGCUACUCGUUCUUCGGCCAUGUCAGAUACAAGUGAGGCUCCAUCUUUAGCUUCACAUGUACGUCGUGUACGUGUACCUUCUCAAGCUUCAGAUGUUGACCAGUUUUUAGAUGAUUUAUUUAGUCCGGUGUUAGAUGGAUCGUUAGAUGAACUAUCCGAUGCGAGAUCUCUGGCUGCUAGUAUCAGGGGAGGUAAAGGUGAACCCAAUAUUGGUUUUGAUGCAUAUGAAACAGAUUUCUUUGAGGCACCAGAUAGUGAAAUGAAUGAUUUAGUUUGGGAUUCUCACAAUCUGGCUUGUAAAAUAAAGGGAGGCGGCGACAAGUCAUCAAAUUCAGAGGAAGCUCCAUCCGCCAAUUUAGAUGAAUACAUAACUGGCUUGUUUAAGCCAAUUUUUGUUAACGAUGCUGUUAAAGUUCUUACCGAACAAGCUGAACUAAUUGAAACUAUUAAGGGUGGUGGAACUGCCCAAGCACAAUCUAGUGGAAAUUCAUCAUUUGUCACUUCAUCUAUGGUGGGACCAAUAAGUCCCAUUUUAGUUUCUAAUUCAGAAAAUGUAAUACAAAUUGGUAAUCUUCCAGCAGAAGCUGACCCUACAGUUUAUCAACAUCACGUGCAGCGGGCAUUUUUGCAAUCAGCAAUGGCCCAAAAUCUUCAGAUUCAACAACAGCUACUGGCCCAAAAUCAAGCCUUACAAACUUUACUUAGUCAACAAGAUACAACUCCUACGGGUACAACGUCACCACCUCCUCUAAUGCCGGUAUUAGCUAAUGUACAACAAUCACCAGUGACGUCAAAUAGCAUUACCAGCAAAAUUACAAUUGGAACCAGCGAACAGACGAAUGUCCGGAAACAAAGUGUCAAAAACAGAAUUUCACAAUUUUCCGAAAAUGACCGUAAUCGAAAAGUUUCUUCUGAUAGUGGAGGUUCUUUAAUACCACCUCCGCCUCCACCACCAAUGCCACCUCCAAUUGAAGUUAAAGAUCCGUCAGAAACGAGACACUUCUUGGAUCCAUAUGGGCGUGCCAAAACAGUACGAAUUGGUAAAUGGAGAUGGCCUCCGCCACAAGACGGACCACAAUUUGAAACGGAAGAAGACUUCUUUGCCUUUAAAAUGCGACAACAUCAACGAAAAACUACCCCUCAGUCACAAUUCCAUAGCAGCAAUGGUUCUUUAACAGGUUCAGCUAUGGAAUGGGAAGAAUUUGAAGUAAGUGACAACUCGAAAAGCCCCUCGCCGGCAGUGGCGAUGCCAGUACAUACAACACAAAUGGUACGGACACAAAUUAAAAUUGAAACAGGACCCAAAAAUACUAGUAAACAACAAAUAAUGAUGGAACAAAUUCAACCACAACAAACAGUAAUAACGACCAAAGUAGCCAAGAAAAGUUUCGAAAUUGGAGCGGAUAGACCUCCUCCAGGCAGUGUUGGCAAACUGAAAUUGAGCUCAGAAAUGAGACAACGUUUAGAACAAGUCACAGCCGGUCACUCUGUACGUUCUACAGUCAGCACAAAAUCGGAACAGCGUGCUCCUGCUAAAUUGGAGGAUACUAGGAAGUUAAUGUUGCAACAACAACUAAGUGGUCAUUUUGCCCAAAUCGAAAGUAAUAAUGCUGCUGUUGUCGAUUUACAAUCGGUGCGUUCUCAAGUAGAACGCAUGGAAGAAAAGUUAUCUCCUCCACCUAUUUGGCCAUCACAUGUGCCACCAGCACCCAAUAUACCAGCACCGCCUCCACCAAUUAGACCACCUAACGUGGCACCUCCAGCUCCACCACCAGUACCCAAAAGCCCACCUGUCCAUGCGGAACAUGAGGAGAAUGAGUAUCGCAGCCAAAGUAAAGAUGUACCAGCAUUUAUUCAGCGUCAAGAACGUGACACUUUUGGGGCCAGACACAAUUGGAACGGUUCAGAUGAUUCCAAAGAUGCAUAUGAUUCCUGGGGAAGGACAGAAGCAGCCAAAUUAGACAUGGUCUAUGAAAAGAGUUUCAAAAAAGAAGUUAAAAAUAAUCAUGAUCGCGAUCGUUCUAGGUCACGUUCCCGUUCCAGGGAUCGCGACGACUUUUCCGAAUCCGUUUGGGAUAGAUCUGAAGUAGAGGGUCCUGCUUCUAGUGGCAGUGACAGAGAACGAGAAAAAGAACGUGAAAAACGGGACAGAAUCUAUGAAAUGCGUCAGGUGGAACGAGAGAAAGAAAGUAAUAAAGUUUAUCAACCAGCUCCUCCUAAAGUUGUCACUGCUACCAUAGAGCGACAAGAUCGUACUGACAGUUUCGGACCUGUUAUAACUACAGAAAGAAAAUAUUCAUAUCAGGCUAUAACGUCAAACAAUAAUAAUAACAACAACUACAACAACAAAAGACCAACCACUUCUGCAGCCAGUCCUACCACCUCCAUGACUUCUAACACUCCAGCUACAUUCCGCACACAUAUGGCCCAGAAAUAUGAAAAAGAAAGAAAGCGCAAAUCUUCAGCUACUUCAACCACAGUAUCACAAAGUACACGCCGCGAUGAAGAAACAGAUGGAGGCGAUGAAUGGCCAUUACCGGCUAUCCCAGCACCGGUACCAGCUCCACCAUCUUUAAAAAGCCCUGCGAAUGCGUGCUUAACCUACAAUCGAGUGCCAUGGAAGUUGAGAGUACGUAAAGAAGUAUUUCAUCCUAACGAACCCAUAGGACCACCCAUAGCAUUAGAUCUAUUAUUUGCUCAAGUAUCAUCCGAUGUCUUUGGCUUGACACCCUCUUUGCGAAUUUCGCCUCAAGAAAAAGCAGCCGCAAUUAAUAUGCUCAAUGGUCACGGUGUAACUGUCGAAUCUGUCCGGAGCCAAAAUGUUCGCGCCAUAGUUAAGCGACACCUAAUCGACAUGGCUAGAGAGUGGCCUUUGUAUUUCGCUCGUCUCUUCCCAGUGCAGGGAGCCCCUCAAUACCCAGACGUUUCCAUAAUGGGCAUAUCGCAUAAUGGCUUUUACUUAGCACGACGAGAUGCCGACUAUUUGAUUGUGGUCCAGUCAGUACAAUUUAAUGAAAUACAAAACGCAAUAACCCUACCCAGGCCAGCUUCGUUGCAACUUAAUUUACGCAAUGGAAAAAAUAUUCAACUACAUGCUGCCAGAGCCGCAGCUAUCCAAGCAAUGAUCACAUCUUUUGUACAAGAGUUUAGAAAGACUCAAUCAAAAGCUUCAACACUUUCGUCUGGUGUUCGAGCGGCCGCACAGACACUCAAUGUGCCCAUUGAAAGACUCGAGUCGCGGCAAUCAAAUCAUCGUGAACAAAUAACUAGCAGCCAACACAGUGCAAUCAUCACACAACAGCACAACAUGCGUAAUACCUCGUCGCCCAUGAUGAGUGGUUCAUAUGAAGAACAGCAUCUACAUCACCAACCGCAGCAACAACAACAGCAGCAGCAGCAACAACAACAACUGUCACACCAUCAUUUACAGCAGCAACAGCAACAACAGUCGCACCAUCACCAACGUGAACAACUGAGAGAACAACAUUCCAGAAAUAUGCAUCAUGGCAUUAGUGACACCAUCGAUCACCAUACUCAAAUAACGCAGGGAGCGCAUCAUUACAAUGGACAUGGGGAAGAGGACGAGCGUUUGGACGAGAGGGAACACUUUAAUGAGCACCAUCAAUAUGCAAAACAACAAAGCUUCCUACAUUCGUCGCGUAAGAAUUCCAAUCAACAUCACUCUACAAAUACACACACACGAGAUCACAACUCAUCAGUGCAGCAGGCUCAGCAGUCGCAGAAUUUGGAUGCAAAUUAUAUGGCUGAGGAGCAUAGUGGAGGCACGACAUCACCGUCUGUUACCAGAUACUCACUGCUGCAAUUUGCUAUGCAACACUUCAGAAACGAUCAAAUUGCAGAUCCUCGGUCUCAUGGUCGUGACACUUCUGAUCGUUCGUCUAAUCGUUCAUAUGCAGAACUGGUUAAAUGGCAGGGUGCACCCAUGCGUAUUCCCCUGUUACGUUUGCCCAACGAUUUGGCUCCUUUGGCAUUGGAAUGCUUCGAUUGUAUAUUGCGUUAUUGCGGUGAUAUACCCAUGGAAGCAGAUCUAACCGAAGUUAAAUGUGUCUACACGGUGCUAAUGCAUUGUCACAAAUAUUUGGCUUUACGUGACGAAGUUUAUUGCCAGUUAAUGAAGCAAACUACUGCCAAUCGCUCUUCAUGUCCCGAUUCGACACAGAGAGGGUGGCGCCUGCUCAGUAUUCUAGCGGCAUACUUUGGAUGUUCAGAUGCUCUGCGACCAUAUUUGAUAGAACAUCUCACCUCGGCUGCUUCAGAUCGUAGACGGUCUUGUCAUGGCACAGCUGCUGUAUGUUUAACCAAUUUACGCAAGACUGCACGUUGUGGUGGUCGCAAAAAUGUGCCCAGUGUUGAAGAAGUAACUGCUGUUUCUGCAGGACGUUCUGCUAGGCGCCAAAUUUAUCGUCUUCCGGGUGGAGCUGAGCGUGUUGUAAAUACUAGAUGUUCUACUGUGGUGGCGGACGUAAUAUCGGAACUUUGUGCCCUACUGGGUAUUGAAUCUGAAACCGAACAACAGGAAUUCUCCUUAUACUGCAUAGUCCAGGGAGAUGCGUUCACAAUGCCUCUAGCUGCCGAUGAGUAUAUUCUGGAUGUUACCACUGAACUUUUGAAAUCAGGCCAGCCCUUCUAUUUAAUAUUCUGCCGGUCAGUAUGGCAUUUUGCCCUAAAGCGAGAUCCUGCACCAACUCCCCUCUAUGUAGAAGUAUUAUUCAAUCAAGUAGCGCCUGACUAUUUGGAGGGUUUGCUAUUAGAGUUACCCAGUACAGGAGUACCACCGCCUGAAGUGGUCAGAGAUAUGGCGCGCAUAGCUGCGUUGUUGCACAGGGCAGCCGAUUUAAGUCAUUUACCAGCUAUGAAAGAAAUAAAAUUCCUAUUGCCUAAACCGGCUUUAGGCAUUAGAGAAAUAAGACCAGCCCAAUGGGUGGGUCUAGUGCAAUCUGCUUGGCCCCAAGUGGCAAAUCUUAGUCCGGGUCAGGUGAAGGCUCAAUUCUUGAAUGUGUUGUCGGCAUGGCCUUUAUUCGGCAGUAGUUUCUUUGCUGUGAAACGUAUAUGGGCCGAUGAAGGCCCUCAUGUCGACGAUAGUCCCAUGUGGCGAGACUUGAUAUUGGCGUUAAAUAGACGAGGUGUAUUAUUUUUGGAUCCCAACACCCACGAAACUAUGCAACAUUGGCCAUUUAUGGAGGUCAUAUCAACACGAAAGGUACGUUCUGAAGAUGGCGCUUUGUUCCUGGAUAUGAAAGUAGGCAACCUAAUGCAGCAGCGUGUAAUACGUGUCCAAACUGAGCAAGCUCAUGAAAUAUCUCGUUUAGUUCGUCAAUAUAUAACAAUGGCUCAAAUAAGUCAACGCGACAAGAGAGAUGUUAAUUAAAAUGUUAUGUAGGCUUAAUUAAUUAAAUAAAAAUUGUAUCCCUUAAUGUAUACUUAUUAAUACGUUUAUAUUUGAAUUAUUAAUUGUAUUUAAACAAUGAAAUUUAUACAAUUCACUACAACUCCUUUGCUUUAACUAUAUUUCUUCUUUGUCCAAAUUGUAAGAAAUUAUAUUUUUUUAAAUAUCUUAAAAUGCCAUAUUAAUCUUUUUAAAUGGAUGUUUAUAAAAUCAAAAAUAUCGUUUCGUUUAUUCCAAAAAUGUGUCUUUUUUUCAAAAAAAAAAAAAUAUUCUCCAUUUUGGUAUUAUAAGAGCAAUCAAAAAUGUUUCCCUGUUUUUCUAUUUAGAUAAUAAAAUAUAUUUUAUUUGUGUUUUAAACAAUAUAUAUACAUACAUACAUACAUAUAUAUUAUUUUUUGUAUAUCUUUAAGAAUAAAUAAAAUAUUAUAUACAUAUAAUAAAUAUAUUUAUACAUACAUACAUAUACAUA